ACAAUCCACCGAGAGAAAAUUCCGUGGGCGGUCAAGGUCUCGUAGCUGGAUCCAGUUCUGCAGCAACCAGGCUACCGGAGGGCGGCCAAAAUCGAUAGACACACGAAGCUGUUUGGCUGCUAUUAUUUCUGGACGGGAGUAAAAUCGAAUCGACAGCACAAUUACUACGCGAUUGGUGCGUGAGCUGGCUUUGGUACACGAUAAUGACCGAUCUUGCAGCCGAGAUCAAAGACGGCGCGAGUGGGGAUUCAACUUCGGGAGCGAGUUCUUCCAAGCGAUCGAUAUCAGAUACAGGAAAUGGGAAGAAUGAGAGCAAUUUAGAGGCAAAGACCGGGCAGUCAAGUUCACAGCCAUCGACGCAAUCAACUGGCGACGCACCAGCACCGAAGCGUGUCCGCCGCGAACAUGAUCCGUUGAAAGCCAAGCUGGAAGAAAAAGGACGGAGCCGGCGGAUGUUUGGCCAGAUUCUUUCGUCGCUUGGGCAAUUCAAAGAAGAGACUACGCGAUCAGCCGCUACGUCGAAGCGGAGCUUGGUAGACAAACAGGUGCAGCAGGCAUUGGCUGAGAAGGACAAAAAGCUGCAAGAGGAGACGACGAAGCGGAAUAAGCAGAUUCAAUUCGAAAACGAAAAGUCGGCGCUGAAAGCGCAAAUCGAAAGGUUACGGAAGGACGCAAAGUUUCUACGAACUAAAGCAAAGCCAUCGAUCCUUUAUAAGCCCUAUAUAUUCACAGACGACGAAGAAGAUACAUUGGACCGACAGUUUGACGAAGCCGAGGACGAGGUAGACAGGCUGUGGGAUCAGUUUCGUCGAAAAUAUCCGGACGCCGAGCGAUCGCCGGUGCAUUCAGAGUCUGAAUCUGAACGGUCACCUGCUCGGAGAUCACCUUCUCCACGGCCGCAUUCUCCUGCUCUGUCGCAGGGCUCUCCCAGAUCUCCAAAGGGCGACAAGAUGGACAUCGAGGAAGCUAAGGAAAAGGGGAAUGGAAACGGGGUUGAUAACGAGGCGAACAACAAAACAGAUACUGCAGAAUCAAAACCCGAGGCUGAUGGCGAACCGGCAAAUGCAAACAAACAGACCGCAAGCAGAGACAAGGACGAGAAAGAUAAGCCUAAGGAUAUCGUGACUGAUGAUAAGGCCGAUGCAAAAGACGUCGCAAAAGAGGUUGCUAACGACGAACCGGAGAAAGACAGUGAGAAAUGAGCACAGGGAUGGAUGACGAUCUAAAGUUGGAUAGUGGCAUACCGAUACAACGAUUUCAACAUCACUGCACGGCUGCUUAUUCGAGCCAUUCGCGUAGCAUAUCACCAAAGACAGCCUGUAUGUAUGAGUAACCUACUUUUG